CACCACGUAAGAUUUUCAACUUCAAUAGGCAAUUUCACAAUCCCAAUGUGCAGUCAUCUACAUCUAACCAGUGCCAUCCCACCACCUGUGGUCAAAUAUAACUUUCCACACCACAAUACGUUGCAAUUUCAGCAACUCAUCCUACCACCUCAACUAUAACCUCAAUUCUGGUCCAUAUACAACAAACCCCAUCAACUCGUUACGUCCUCCCACCCCUCUGUGAUUUAACAUUUCAACAUCGACAACAACCCUCUCUUUCGUCACGUUUCACUUACUUACCACCACCACCUUUCAACAACUUACCUCACGAACACAUUACCCGGUUAAUCCAAACUGCUCAAACUCACCUAGUUAAUCAGCAAUGCGGCCAGGUCUACGUAGUAACGAGCCACCAGAUGGAACUGAAGCUGAGUCAAAGUUUUCCUACUCCAGCCCAGAUUUGGAAGAAGAGUACCACCCCCCUGCUAAACGGCGAGGCCAAACUGCAAAGCGAGGCCAAACUCGAGGUGCAAAGCGAGGUGGCCAUGCGGGAUCCCCAGUUGGACGUGAACAGCGAGCCCAACGAGACGAACAACAAGUGCCUUCCGACGAUGAUCAUCAAUUACCAGACGCCAAAAUCGAAUUCGAACUUGAUUCCGGCGAAAAUGUCAUUCUUCCCAAUAUCUACAACUUCCACGAAUUAGGUGUCGAGUGGGGACGCGGCCGUGCGGACGAAGUAUUAGCUAGCCUCUCGCUUCCUAAGAACAACAGGCCCUCUUCAAACGGACUUUUCGAAGCUCAAGCACUACAAUCUGCUUAUCAAUUGGACAAGACCAUGUUGUGUAUAGUAUUGAAAUGUAGCAGACACGUCCUGGAUGAGGCCUUAUUGGAAGGGCCACUGGCGCGCGAACCAAACGCAUACACCAAUUAUCAAACAUAUAGUGUUGCAUCCACUACCACCAAGAUACCCCCAAAGGGCGUUUCGGAAGGCUUUCCCAAACGUAAUGUCAUUGUUGGCAAUACCUGGUCUACGUUUCAAGAAGAGGAAAAGCGAAUAUUCAGCCCGGACAUAUUCGAACGACUCUGCGUUACCACUAGCGAGGCAUACGCUCUCACACAAACACCCAGAGGCAUAGCACCCAUGACCCUUGAAGCUCCUUCCGAAGUCACAGUUCAAAAUAAAUCUGAUCUCAAACCUCUCACCGACGAUGAGCUCACAAGAUAUGUUCCAAUUUUCAAGGAGUUGGUCAAUUUAAGCAAAGUAUCGGGCGAUCUGCGUGAAGGACGGCUAUGGCGACAUAGCGGGAAGUCUCGCAGCAAGACUCGCGAACAACUCAUGAAGCUUGAAAUCACCAAAGUGGUAAGGCAGCUAAACGUACAUUUUCCCCUGCUAGUAGCGUGCUGGAACCCGACUACAUCAACAAAUCAAGCGCUCUUUCAGGACGAGCAUACAUCAUGCAAAAGGUGGGCUCUAAUGGAAAAAAAGGUACACCUCCUGGAGCGUUUUUCAUUCGAAGCAACUAAGGCUCCGGAGCACCUCCGUGUGAAGCCAGGCCUUCCUAAAACUCAGUCGGAAGCUGGAGCACGACAAGCACUUAAACGCAGUGAGCUGACAAAAGCGCUCAAUUCCUUGAUAACUCCUUUCCUCCAAGGUGGUGUUAACAUCUUGGCCGAUGCCCAUCCGAAAGUCCCCAACUUGAAGGAAGGAUUCGCCAAGAAAUCAUUUCGCGGGCAAGUGAAACUGAUGUUCCACCGCACUCCAGACAGCUUAGUCAGUGAUGUAAUGAUUGCCAAGGGACCUAGCGCUUUAUCCAACGACGAAGUACAGAUUUGGCUGGACGACAUCCAUGCUAAGAGAUACACAAUCAUUCAGGUCAAAAACGAUCGUAAGAAAGGCAAGAAUAAAGCGGAAGAUAACCUCACCAAAGACGAAAAAGAACUCGACGACAACGACCAAGCUUAAAUACAGACAUGUUAAAUUGAAAAUACGGAAGAUCAACUGCUAGAAGUAUUUCAUGAAACUCUCCAUUAUCUUCACCUUGAAUGCUCUCAAUAGCCUGCUCGGGUUGGGUACUGUUGUCUUCAAUCCUUUGUUUUUAUUCAUCAGCCAAGAUUACUAAAAAUUGAGGAAAUACAUUCAUAAGCUUGGGUUGCUUC